CGACAACACUUGCCAAAGUUGCUUCGUGGGAGAAUGUUUUCCUAGCUCUGCAGGAAGUUUUGAGAAGCCAGAGUUGGCGUCAUGGCGGCCGGAUGCUUGCAACAUUGCUUGCCCGCCGCAUCUAUUUUCCCGACGUGUUCGGUGGGUAAUCCAAUUUCGCCAAGAGGGUCUAGGCCAUUGCAGGGCGCGGUAUGGCCCAGGUUUGGAAGCUGCUCGCCGCACCAAGCCGCCCCUGUCGAAAGCCCUCUUCGCAAAGCAGGGUCGCUCUUGACAAGACAGGGUUUCUCCAUUUUCCUGAAAACUGCAAGGGGUAAAACCCUGGGAAGAAAGCUAAUUUGUGGUGGUGUGAUCAAGGCUCAGGCUGUGGCCCAGAGCGAACAGGCAACAGCCGUUUCUACGGACGUUCAAGAUGCUUCACAGGCGACGGUCACACACCUUUUCAGGCGGCCUUUGCUUUCACCGGCUGCCACCGCCUCUCUGCUUAGACAGGUGCAAGAGAAGGUCUCGUCCGAGGUGGAGGGCCUUGAAACUGAGCAGUGCUACAACAUUGCCUUGACAGGCCCACUUGAUGCCAAGCAGUGGGAGACUCUCACGUGGCUCCUCACAGAGACCUACGAGCCGGAAAACUUUGGCAAGGAGAGCCAGCUCUCUGAUGGGGCAGAGGGGCGGAUCGUUGAAGUUGGUCCCAGGCUGUCGUUCCAGACAGCCUGGUCCGCAAACGCGGUGUCAAUCUGCAAGGCAUGCGGGCUGCCACAGGUUGCCCGGAUCGAGCGCAGCCGGCGGUAUCGCCUUGCCCCCACCAAGGGCGCGGAUCCUCUGUCUGAGGAGCAGCUGGCGGCGUUCGCGGCUUUGGUACACGACCGCAUGACCGAGACGGUCUACCCGACGCGGCUGACGUCGUUCGAGACGAACGUGGUCCCCGAGCCGGUGAUCGAGGUCGACGUGAUGACACACGGGCGCAGGGCGCUGGAGGAGAUCAACAAGCGGAUGGGGCUUGCGUUUGAUGACUGGGAUCUGCAGUAUUACUUGAAGCUGUUCAAGGAGGACAUCAAGCGCAACCCUACCAACGUGGAGCUCUUCGACAUUGCUCAGUCCAACAGCGAGCACAGCCGUCACUGGAUCUUCAACGGAGAGCUUACAGUCGAUGGUCAGCCCACGAAGGACACACUCUUCAGCCUCGUCAAAGACACCUACAAAGCGAACCCCAACAACUCUGUCAUUGCUUUCAAGGACAACUCAAGCGCCAUCCGUGGCUACCCCGUCGAGCCCAUCCUUCCGACCACCCCCGGCAAGCCCGGUCCGUUGGACCUGCAGAAGCGCGACUACGACGUGCUUUUCACAGCCGAGACCCACAACUUUCCUUGUGCGGUCGCUCCUUUCCCUGGCGCCGAGACUGGCGCCGGGGGCCGCAUCCGUGACACCCAUGCAACCGGAACCGGUUCCCUAGUGGUCGCUUCCACCGCCGGCUACUGCGUCGGGAAUCUCCAGAUGGAGGGCAACGUGGCUCCCUGGGAAGACACCGACUUUGUGUACCCCCCGAACCUGGCGCCUCCACUUCAGAUCCUUUUAGACGCCAGCGACGGUGCCUCUGACUACGGCAACAAGUUCGGCGAGCCGCUGAUCCAAGGCUACACUCGCACAUUUGGGAUGCGCCUCCCUAACGGCGAGCGUCGCGAGUGGCUCAAGCCCAUCAUGUUCAGCGCUGGCAUCGGCCAGAUCGACCACCGGCACCUGGAGAAGGGCGAGAGCGACUUGGGCAUGCUGGUUGUCAAGAUUGGCGGACCGGCGUAUCGGAUCGGGAUGGGCGGCGGCGCGGCAUCGAGCAUGGUGAGCGGGGACAACGACGCGGACCUGGACUUCAAUGCGGUUCAGCGGGGAGACGCCGAGAUGUCGCAGAAGCUGUUCCGGGUGGUCAAGACGUGCGUGGAAUUGGGCGGAGAAAACCCGAUUGUCAGCAUUCACGACCAGGGCGCUGGCGGCAACUGCAACGUCGUAAAGGAGAUCAUCUACCCCAAGGGCGCCGAGAUCGACAUUCGCAAGGUCGUUGUCGGCGACCACACCAUGUCCGUUCUUGAGAUCUGGGGCGCCGAAUACCAGGAACAAGACGCGCUACUUUUGCGGCCCGAGAGCGAAGCGCUUUUCCGCUCGAUCUGCGUGCGGGAGCGAGUGUCGAUGGCUGUGAUCGGGCAGAUCGACGGCAGCGGGAAGGUUGUGUUGGUGGACGGGAAGGCGCGGGAAGAGGCGCGGAGGAACGGAUUGCCGGAGCCGCGCCCGGCGGUCGACCUGGAUCUGGAUAAGGUUCUCGGUGACAUGCCCCGCAAGAAGUUCAACUUCGACCGAAGACAAGACGCCCAAGAGCCGCUGGACAUUGCCCCGAACGUGACGGUCUCGGAUGCACUGCGGCGCGUCCUCAGGCUGCCAGCUGUCUGCUCCAAGCGGUUCCUUACCUCCAAGGUUGACCGCAGUGUCACUGGGCUGGUCGCUCAACAGCAGACGGUGGGCCCGCUGCAGCUGCCGCUUGCUGAUGUGGCAGUCAUCGCCCAGACCCACGUGGGCACCACGGGGGGCGCGUGCGCGAUCGGAGAGCAGCCGCUGAAGGGCUUGUUGGACCCGAAGGCCAUGGCCCGCCUGGCUCUUGGCGAGGCGCUAACCAACCUGGUUUGGGCCAAGGCGAGCGCGCUGCAAGACGUCCGGGCUUCUGGAAACUGGAUGUAUGCUGCGAAGAUGCCGGGCGAGGGCGCGGCGAUGUUCGACGCGGCAAAGGCCCUGCGGGACGCGAUGAUUGAGCUUGGCGUGGCAAUCGAUGGGGGAAAGGACAGCUUGUCAAUGGCUGCGCAGGCAGGGAGGGAGACGGUGAAGGCCCCGGGCAACCUGGUCAUCAGCGCUUACGUCACGUGCCCUGACGUCACGCUGACCGUGACGCCCGACCUGAAGCUCCCCGGCGACGGCGUGCUGCUCCACGUGGACCUGGCGCAGGGGCGGAGGCGGCUAGGGGGCUCGGCGCUUGCGCACGCUUUCUAUCAGAUCGGCGACAAAUCUCCGGAUAUGGACGACGUGGACCUCUUCAAGCGUGCCUGGAACGUGACGCAAUCACUGGUUCAAGAGCGCAAGAUCUCAGCGGGCCAUGACGUCAGCGACGGGGGCCUGGUGACCGCACUCCUCGAGAUGGCGUUUGCAGGCAAUGUGGGAAUCGACGUCGACGUGCCAGCUGCCGCUGACGCCGAUACCGAGGUGGACGAGCGGUUUGGCGCGCUGUUCGCUGAGGAGUUGGGCCUGAUUCUGGAGGUUUCGAGCGGGGAUGCAGAGAGUGUGGUAGCGGCGUUUGAGAAGGAGAACGUGCCGGUGACGCGGCUUGGGGGGGUGACGGCGGAAAAGGAGGUUAAGGUUAAGGUGGCUGGCGUAACCCAGCUUGAGGAGGAGACGGCGGCGCUGCGGGACCUGUGGGAGGAGACGAGCUUUGCGCUGGAGCGGUUGCAGCGGGUAGAGACAGUGGUGGAGCAAGAGGAGGGCGGGCUGAAGCACAGAACAACGCCGCAAUGGCAAUUGAGCUUCACCCCGGCCAAGACGCCGGACAGCGUAAUGAACCAGACGUCCAAGUUCAAGGUGGCCGUCGUACGAGAAGAGGGCAGCAAUGGGGACAGGGAGAUGGCCGCGGCGGUGCGGGCAGCAGGUUUUGAGCCGUGGGACGUGAGCAUGUCGGAUCUUUUGGCGGGCCGCGCGUCGCUCUCCGACUUCCGGGGCGUCAUUUUCGUGGGGGGCUUCAGCUACGGCGACGUGCUCGACUCGGCCAAGGGCUGGGCGGGCGCCAUCCGGUUCAACCCCGCGCUGUGGCAGCAGUUCCAGGCGUUCUACGAGCGCAAGGACACGUUCAGCCUGGGGGUGUGCAACGGGUGCCAGCUCAUGGCGCUUCUGGGAUGGGUCCCGGGCGGUGAGGUGGGCGGUUCGCAGGGGUCAGGAGGCGACGAGGCGCAGCCACGGUUUGUGCACAAUGACUCGGGGCGGUUCGAGAGCCGGUUCCUGUCCGUCAGGAUUGAGGAGUCGCCCGCGGUUAUGCUUAAGGACAUGGCUGGCACGAACAUGGGCAUCUGGGUGGCCCACGGAGAGGGCAAGGCGCUCUUCCCCGACCAAGGCAUCAGGGACACUGUACUGCGCAACAACCUGGCGCCUAUUCGGUACUCGGACGAUGCGGGCGUGGCCACUGAGAGUUACCCCUUCAAUCCGAACGGCUCUCCCGAGGGCAUCGCCGCUUUGUGCUCUCCCGAUGGCCGACACCUGGCACUGAUGCCUCAUCCAGAGCGGUCAUAUCUCAUGUGGCAGUUGCCCUGGGCGCCGAAAGAGUGGGACUUUGACAGAGCUGGCCCCAGCCCGUGGCUCAAGCUCUGGCAAAACGCCCGGGAAUGGUGUGAAAGUCAAUCAUAGUGCCCUUAAACAAGAAUUGUCCGUCAGACGUCCUCUUUGUUUCUGCAUUCGUUCACCAAGGUAGCAAGGGCGGGUAGCUGAGCAGCCCGUUGCAAAUGGCUCGCGGACGGUUUGAGGGUUCUUUCUGAAAGUCUACGUUGUCAUCUGAUCCUUUCAAUGUACAGUCAAUCCAGGCUAAAAAGAAGCAUCUAAAUUAAUACGAGCGCUGAGCAGCAGAGUCCUUUCAAUGUAUGCUUGCUCAAUUUUUGACGUAACCUGAAAAGUGAUCGAUGGCGCA